AUGUCCGUGCACGACGACGACAUGGUUGAUGAGAGGCCGAGGUCAACGAUCGACGCGGCGGGAUCCGAGUCCAACGAUGACAGCGCCGUCCUCUCCUCUGAUUCCUCUGAUGACGACGACGAGCCGAACCGGUGGCCGUGGGUCCUGCCAGACUACACCGCGACGAGAGUGAUCUUCUCCUGCGCCCACCUGCGGUCGCUCUCCCUCAGCUCCUACCGGCUCGCCCCGCCCGACACCGUCAGCCUGCCGUCCCUGGUGACUCUGCUCCUGUCCCACGUCUCCGACCCCGGGAGCGACUUGGAGCGGCUCGUCGCCGGCUGCCCGCGCCUCGCGGACCUGACGCUCGAGGCCUGCAGCACGGGGACCGCGCUCUCCAUCGUCGGCGGCGCUCGCCUCCGCAGGCUGGCCCUCCGCUGCUGCCACAACCUGACGGCCGUCGCCGUCGACUCGUCGGAGCUACAAGCGUUCGAGUACAGGGGCGCCGUGACCGACGGCUCGUUCCUGACCAUGCACGGCGGCGGCUCCAUGAGGGUCGCCGACUGCAAGGUCGACAUCUGCGAAGAAGAGGCCACAUCAGAGGAGGAGCUCAUGAACCUGAGGCAGCUUCUGCAGCUGUUUGUGAACGCCGAGCACCUGCACCUCGAGUCCGCUCGCCUCGGCUCAGGCCUCGACAAAGGACUGCCUUCCUUCUCGAGCCUCCUCCACCUCGAGAUGAGGGGAUGCCUUCCCGACGACGACACCGGCGCCAUCGCCGCGAUGAGCACGGUCCUGGAGCACGCCCCGAACCCGGAGACGCUGUCACUAGCCUUCCAUCCCCAGGAGCACGACUUUGGUGACCGCCCCGACUACAUUCGCUUCAGCGAGGAGGAGCUACUUGGCGCGCACCAUCUCAGCUACAAUCCGCACUCGGUUCUCGCGACGCCGAGCGCCAUGAUCCCUUGCCUGAGGAACCAAGUGAGGAAGAUCAACCUGGUGCAUUACCAGGGAGGCACCGCGCAGAGGGCGCUGGCCAAGUUCCUGCUCUCCAACGCGCCGGUGAUCGACAAGCUGUGGUGCGGGUUCGCCGAGGGCCCCAUGUGGACCCAGAUUCAGCUGAUGCGCGAGAUCGAAGGCUGGUUGAUAAACAAGUCAGCCGAAACCCACUUCGCUUGA